AGUCGCCCAUAUAGACCUGUGUUGUAAGGUCUAUAGAAUCGCCCGACGAGCGGUUCCGUUUUGUUGCCACGUUGCCGCCGAUUCUCACGUAGUGUCUUCCGAGCGUCGCAGAUUUGUCUCAACCUGCCGUAACGAUCUGUAUUUUGCGGAAGGAUCUCCAGAACGCAAACGCCAUUGGGAUAUCUGGCAUAUUUUGACAGCGAGUAGAGUUGAGUCGCGAGUCCCCCCUCGGCAUCUUCCUGGAUUGUUGACAAGAGAACAGUCGCACAAUGCCCGCCGCACCUAGCGCUACCUCCGUAGGCUCCGUUGGACGGUCGCCCAGCAAAGCCAUAGCGCCGAGAACAGGUGGUAGCGGCACAGUCAGGCAGAGGAAAACCACCGUGACCUCCUCCGCCAGGAACAGGAACACCGGCACGAGCUCCGGUGGCAUGUGGAGGUUCUACACCGACGAUUCCCCCGGCAUCAAAGUGGGACCUGUGCCAGUGCUCGUCAUGUCGCUUCUAUUCAUCGCGUCUGUAUUCAUGCUUCAUAUCUGGGGGAAGUACACUAGGAACUAGAUUUACGUAAGCUGCAUUGAUAUUGUUGGUCUGGGAGAGACAAGAAGCAAUGAGCGACCCAACUGCACAUUGCAGCAUCAUGCAAUCAUAAAUUGGCGCCUCGAACAGGUUAAUAUGUAUUGAUUUUUAAUAUAAAUGUUAUUGGUAAUAUAUCAUUGAAAAGAAAGCUCACGAAACACGCCGCUGCGCAGAUUGUUACAUGAUCAGAACAUAUUAAUGUUGAAUAAUAAGCGAUAACGGGAAAAACCCGGUUUUUUUUUACGAGUUUCUCGAUUACUGUGUAUUGUGAGAAAAGAGCGUGGGAGAGAUUAUUUAGUUUGCAUUUGUAAUAUUAAGGGUGUAAUGUUAUAUAAUACUGAAAUAAAUGUGUAAUUUAUUUUUACCCCUGA